AUGACCACUGAUGAGGCCACCAAGAGUGAAGGGGAGGUGCAGGCGGCGGCUCUCGCCGAGCGUGGGGAGGACAUCACGCCGGCUCGAGACCGGGGGGUCCUGAAGAUCAUCAAACGACCCGGGAGCGAAGAUGAGUCCCCCAUGAUCGGGGACAAGGUUUAUGUCCACUACAAAGGCAAACUGGCCAACGGUAAAAAAUUCGACUCCAGCCGCGAUCGGAACGAGCCCUUCGUCUUCAGCCUGGGCAAGGGUCAGGUAAUCAAGGCAUGGGACAUCGGGGUGGCUACCAUGAAGAAGGGAGAGAUCUGCUACUUGCUCUGCAAACCCGAGUACGCCUACGGCUCCGCCGCCGGCAGUGCCCCCAAAAUCCCCUCCAACGCCACCCUCUUUUUCGAGGUUGAGCUGCUUGACUUCAAAGGCGAGGACUUGUUUGAGGAUGGAGGGAUAAUCCGGAGGAUCAAGAGGAAGGGAGAAGGUUACUCCAACCCUAACGAAGGUGCUACGGUGGAAA